AUGGCUAAACCUAUCUUAUUUUCAUCAUUAACUACAAAACAUGAUGCAGAAGAUAUAAUACCAAAAUGGCUUGGUUGUCCAAGAAAAUCACAGAUUAUUGAUGGAAAAUUUGUUGCAUUUAAAAUGCCAAUAGUAGAUCAAAAUAAAGAUAUUGUUCCAAUACAUCAGCAAUGGUUAUGUAAAAUGUUAAUUCAGAAUAUCAAAGAUGAUAAUAAAAAGCUCGGUCUUGUCAUUGACCUAAAUGAUACAACACCAUACUAUACAAUUGAAACUGAAUAUAUUAAAAAAUAUAUACGUUAUGAAAAUAUUCCGUGUCAUGGGAUCGAUAAAGCUAUCGAUCUAUUUGCGACUGCUCGAUCACCAGGAAUUUUUAGUCAAAUCUAUCUAGACAAACUUAUUCAAAAGUACGGUGAUGAAAGCAUUAAAUCAAGACGUGCACCAUCUCUACCAACAUGGUGUUCAACUGGAUUAACUAAAUCAACUACAAAUAAACGACCACGUGAUGAUACGAACUCUGAAAAUGACAGAAAACGAACUCGACAUGAAAUAUACACAAAAUCUUGUCCAAAAUUUGCUGUUAAACUUGCUAAUGUUCUACCUAUCGAUUCAAAAUCAACUCUAGAUCGUAUUCGAUCAAAAUGCCAAGGAAUGUGCAAAUGGGAUCGACAAAGUUUCCCAGGUUCACAACCUGUAUCUAUGGAUUCUAACAAUUAUAGAAUGAUUUUGCAAACACCUUAUAAAGUCAGUUGGAAAGCAGAUGGUACUAGAUAUAUGAUGUUAAUCGAAGAUAAAAAUAAUAUCUAUAUGAUCGAUCGUAAUAAUGAUGUAUUUCAAAUAAAGUAUCUAUGGUUUCCAGAAGUCCCAGAUUGUACAAAUCAUUUAGAGAAUACACUUCUUGAUGGCGAAUUUGUGAUUGAUAAGGUUGAUAACAAAGAGAUUUAUCGAUAUUUAGUUUAUGAUAUCGUAUACUAUAAUAAUGAAAAUGUCAGUCAACAAUCAUUUACAAAACGCAUGGAAAAAUAUCAAAAUAUUAUUAAAGUUAGAAACGAAGCUGUAAUCAAGGGUCAUAUUGAUGACCGUUCCAAACCAUUUUCAAUACGUGCAAAAGAUUUUUGGGAUCUAUCAGCAGUUUCGGAAUUACUCGGUGAUAAAUUUCAAUCACAACUUCUUCAUGAAAGUGAUGGACUUAUAUUUCAACCGGUUAAUGAUCCUUACAUAUCCGGUCGAUCUUGGCGAAUAUUAAAAUGGAAAACAGAUAAUACAAUUGAUUUUCAAUUGAUAAUUGCUAAUAAAAGAAAAUCACACGAAAAAGAAGCUCUUCUAUAUUUGAAUAAUAUGAGAGAGUCAUACAGCUCAAUGCCUUACUCAUCGAAAUUAGACCAAUAUCAUAACAAAAUCAUUGAAUGUUCCUAUCAAAAUAAACAAUGGAUGUUCUAUCGACAUCGCAGCGAUAAGACAUAUGCUAAUGCAAAAGCUACAGCUGAUGGUGUUAUGAAUGCAAUAAAACAUUCUAUAUCCAAAGAUCUUCUAUGUUCUAUUAUAAACGACGAUAUAGCAUAUGCAAAUUAUUUAUUGGAAUUAAGUUAA